AUGCGACUCAACAACCAAGUCCACACCAACAUCAAACGAAUGCUGGAUGGCCCUGAUGAUACAUUGCCUGACACAGACACACCUAGACACGACACACUGUCACACACAGACACACCUAGACACGACACACUGUCACACACAGACACAUCUAGACACGACACACUGUCACACACCAACAUCAAACGAAUGCUGGAUAGCCCUGUCGACACACCUAAACACGACACACUCUCAAACGCUGAAGACACACACGUCGAGAGUAUACCAAUAAAAUACAAUCAGUCUCUUUCUAAAAAUAGUUCGGGAAUCCCCCAAAAAGAACCUGUUACUACAGAAUCAACUGACUACCUAAAAGACCCGUUUUUCAAAAUAAAACAAAAGAAAAAAGCCGGGCUUCCCAUCAUUAUAGGCACCAUCAACAUGUGCUCGUGGAUGAUCAGAAAUAUCGAGCUUUCAGAGAAGUGCCUGGACAAGAAGUGUGUUAUAACACAGGACAAUAUAACCGAGAACACCGACGUUGUUAUAGCGAUGGGGAACGCCCUGAAGGACCACAUGAAGCCCACACAAAGAUGGCCGGGCCAGUUGUAUGUGCUGGUGGACAGGGAGCCGCCCCCUGUAGCACUGAGCCAUAGCACCAUAGCCAAUGAAACUUCCCAAUGGAGGUACGAGUUUAACCUAACCGGCACCUACCUCAAGUCCUCUGAUGUGUACUGGCCGUACCACGUCAUGAGGGAAAACUACCACAAAAAGACAAUAGAUUUCGUGGAAGUGGCCAAGAAAAAAACCAAGACAGCCGCCUGGAUUGUCAGCAAUUGUGGAGGUCAGUCCAACCGUCUGGCCUACGUCAAGGAGAUGCAGAAAUACAUCGACAUCGACAUCUACGGCCGAUGCGGGAACAAAAGUAGUUGCAGACGAGGUGGACCUUCGGACUGUAUGGCGCAGGAGCUGACCAACUACAGCUUCUACCUGUCCUUCGAGAGCGCCAUGUGUACGGACUACAUCACCGAGAAGGCUUUCAAGAUGUACAUAGACAACAACUACAUCGUGCCGGUGGUCCGAGGAUUGGUGGACUACGACCAGGUUUUACCUAAAGGCAGUUUUAUAGACGCCGCCAAGUUUCAAAGUCCUAAAGACCUGGCUCUGUUUUUAAAGUCUUUGAGAACGGAUUAUGUGAGAUACAGCGAGUACUUGAGGAUUAAGGAGGGGUACCGUAAUUACUGGACAGAGGGGGUGUUUUGUGGGACGUGUAAGGGCGUGGUCAAUGAAAGCCUGAGACCUAAGAGAUACGAUAUUCUACAGUGGAUGAACUCUCAAUGUCGAGAUCCGGUUAUAGUCACACGAAGCAUAGGGAGAUAUUUAACAAAAUGA